AUGCUCGCAGUUCACAAAGGUGUCGCUCUCGUCACAGGAUGUGCUCAAGGCAUCGGCCGAGCCAUUGCCACUCGCCUCGCCUCCGACGGCUUCCAUCUCGCGCUCACCGACUUGCCGACGAAACGGGAGCCUGUCGAGGAGCUGGCGCACGAGCUGUCGAAGCGUCGCUCUGAUUUGCGUACGCAUGUCGUGCUUGGCGAUGUCAGCGCAGAGGAGACCGCACGGACGUCGGUGAAGGACAUCGUCGAGAAUCUAGGUGGAAUCGAUGUGGUGGUCACCGCUGCCGGUAUAGCCCCUCCCACGCUCUUGCUCGAUACCACCGAGGAACAAUGGGACAGGGUGUUUGCCGUCAACACCAAGGGCACAUUCUUCUACUAUAAACAUGUCGGACAACAGAUGAUCAAGCAGGGCCGCGGAGGGCGCAUCAUCGGCAUAAGCUCUAUUGGGGGUAAACGAGCGCUUCCCUUAUUUGUAUCGUACUCCGCCUCGAAGUACGCCGUACGUGGACUGACACAGGCCGCAGCGUUAGAGCUCGGGAAGCAUGGAAUCACCGUAAACGCAUGUGCGCCGGGGAGCAUCGAAACUCCAAUGUUCAGAGAUGCAGGUAUUGAAGUAGAGAAGCUCGCCAAGGGCGGCAAGUCCGGCCUCGAGCAUACAGUGAAUCCAAAUGCUUCCCCGCUAGGUACACUUGGGAGGCCUGAGGACGUCGCGGGCCUGGUAUCGUACCUUGCAUCGGCCGACUCACGCUUUAUGACUGGCAUGUUCCUUGAUUUCUACAUGCUUUCGAAACCGACUAACUCGACUCCCUUUGCCGUAUCAAGGUCAAACGAGGGUAUAAGUUCAGCUCUGAAUCAUCGCAACUAUCAGCCAACCGCUACCAUGUCCGCAGUAAAAGGCGUCGCUCUCGUCACCGGAUGUGCCCAGGGCAUCGGACGCGCCGUCGCUCAGCGUCUCGCUUCUGACGGAUUCCACAUUGGUCUAUGCGACUUGCGCACAAAGCGUGAGCCCGUCGAGGAGCUUGCUUCCGAGCUGUCGAGGCGCCAUUCCAACGUACGGACUGCUAUCGCUCUCGCUGACGUUCGCAUUGAGGAUCAAGUCCGAAACACGAUCAACAGCGUGGUCAAGAGCCUCGGUGGCAUAGACACACUGGUCACCUGUGCCGGGAUAGCUCCAGUGAAAUCGCUUUGGGAAACCACAGAGAAAGAAUGGGACGACGUAUUCGCUGUCAAUACCAAGGGCACCUUCUUCUUCUACAAAUAUGUUGGGCAGCAAAUGAUCUUGCAGAAACGUGGUGGCCGCAUGAUUGGCAUAAGCUCGAUGGUGGGAAAGAAAGGUAUGGCCCGCGGAGGUGCUUACUCCGCUUCGAAGUUUGCGGUACGUGGGCUCACACAGUCGGCGGCAUCGGAGUUUGGGCCCCGCGGCAUCACUGUCAAUGCUUGCGCGCCUGGUAUUAUCAACACGCCCCUUGUUAGAGAAACAUUUGAUAAGGCAAGGCUUGAUGGUACCAUAGACGCUCUUACUCAGGCGAUGUCCGCCUACAAGCCUGUCGUAGACGACAUCGGUCAGCCAGAGGACGUCGCAGGUCUGGUAUCUUACCUUGCAUCUGCAGAGAGCCGGUUUGUUACAGGACAGGCCAUUUCCAUUGAUGGUGGAGUUUGUUUCAGCUAA